AUGGCCGGCCUGCUGAGAGCGCCGCGGCGGCUCGGCGUGUGGAGCGCCGUACGGGGCGCGUGCCGCGGCGUGCGGUACGCGUCGGGCGCUUCAGAUGCAGAGAAGAGUAUGCACGAGCUCGAGGCGCGCUGGGAGUCGAAUCCGCUGCUCCACCUGCUCGCGUCGCCGCUGCGCCGCUGCAUUGUGACGCAUGCUGCGCUUCCUAACGGCCUGAUGAUACAGCUCAAAGUUGUGCAUAUACCCAAAGGCGAAGGCACCGAGCUGACGCUUCUCCCAGAUGGCAUACUCCAUCCGCGGUACGCGCAGAAAAAGCUCGGCAAGGGCAUGUGGGUGCUGGGCGACCAGCAGGUAUUCCAGCGGCUCCAGGAGAAACAAAUGCACCGCUCAGUCGCGCCGGAAGCGAGUCUCUUGCCGCGUGUCCUGCCGCUCGUGACGCACCAGUUGCAGGAGCGUGUUGUUCAGGAGCUCGAGCUGGCUGUUGCGCGUGCACAGACCGGGGCGCUUGAGCGUGCAGCAGCGCACGCAGAUAACGCUGCAUCGGCGCCAUACCACCCCGGUCCGGCCCAAGCGAGGCAUAUGCGGUCGGACGCUCUGUAUACCCCCGAGGCGCCUCGUCAUGGCGCCUCGCUUGUCCUGCACGAGUCUACCGACGGCGCGGCGGCGCGUCUCUCGCCGCCGGGCGCGUGCGUAGCCUAUGCCGUGCCUGGGCUAUUUGGGGACGCGGCGCUGCGUGCGGCCGCGCUCGCGCACCUUCUACGGGACUAG